AUGGCGCUGAAGAAGACAAUCCUGUUGACGGCUGCAGCCUGUGCUUUGGGCCAGGACUGCUCUGGUCAAGGAGUCACCUGGGGUCCUGGUAUCGGCCCACCCCCUGCUGGCUGCGGGAGCGGAGGUACUGGGCCGAGUGGUGGAGGUGCCACUUGUCAGAACCCCUCCUGCAGCAGCCCACCGUGCGCGGCACCUCUGUUGGGAGAUGUCGGCUGCACAUCAGUGGCAGGAGCUGAGACCUAUGCUCAUGAGCUCUUGUCAGCUGGUGAUACGAUCAGCAGUGGAGCACACAUCUACGGCCCUUUUGAAGCUGGGUUCACUUCACAGCAGGACAACAUCAUCCGCACAUGGGGCUGCUCUACUCCUUCAGUUGUUUACGACACGGAAGGUGGAACUGACAUUGGCAUUGCGGAGAGGAAGGUGGCGCAUGCUUGCGGCAUCGAAUUCCCUCGUCUUGAAGGCAACACAUACUUUGGCGUGGUCGGCCCGUGUGGAGGGCACACCAAUGACUACCACUUCCACAAGAGCUUCAGCUGCUUGUAUGCCCAGUCGGGUGGCCAUUCGACCAAAGUAGGGGAUGUUGCCUCUCACGGCAUCUAUGGCAAGUGGGAAGACUAUGAUUUGAAGAGACUCCCAUUGCUGGAUGCAUGUGGUGCUCACAUUGGCCCGACACCGGACUCAUCAACGCCUGUGUACCACUACCAUGUUCAAGAUCAGGCCCCCUUCACAGUCGGGUGUCAUGGACCCAGCCAGAGUGGUGGUCUGGUGAGUGUCGCUGUGUGCCGAAGUUUGUAUACCGACUGUGACAAUGACGGUGGAAGUGGCACCACCAUCACCACCAAGACAGGCAACGUCCAGUACGACCGCUUCUGCCCGUGCUUUGAUGCCUCUGGCUCCAACAUGG